GCAGCAGCGCAGAGGAAGAGACAAGGCUGCAGCAGGAAAAACACAACUGGAAAGGGCUGAAUACCGUCACGUCGACAAACAAACUUUGAAAAUUAGUGCAGUACACCAACCAACCGGACCCACUCAUAGAAGGGAUUCGCAAACAAGACAACCCCUUCAUUAAGAAAUCGACCUGCACCAUUUUAUGAGCACCGCCUUAUUAUAAAAGAAUGUAAAAUACCGACUCCUUCCAAUAUUGUGUAUUCUACCACAGCUGUUGUUUGUACACACCUGUCCAGAUGCAUAUUAUAGUAAUUAUUGAUGAUUAAAAAUCUUUUAUGUUUCAUACACCUGUAUGUUUUAUCAUUCUAGUUGCAGUAAUGAGAUUAAUUGGGGCGUGGUCACCUUUGUUGCUAUAGUAACCUAUAAACAGUCUUUCUCCUGCGCUUGUGGGUGUCCCCGGUUUCUCGGUCUAAAGCAUGAGUAGAAAGGAAGCGAAGGAUGCCCCGGGCGGAGCGGCCGCUGUCAGCAGCAAGCUAGCUCCGAGAAGUGAGGUGGGAGGACGGGGGGACGGGAGACCACGAGACGCUGUGGCAGCCGGGAGUGGUGCUCGAGGGCUCCCCGCAGGCGCUGGAGGAGGAGGAAGAGCUAACGCCGGCGGAGGGCGGGUCAUUCGCUACAAGACGUGUCUGCGGAACACCAUCGGAGACGUGCUGCGGGCGCGUGGUUGGCAGGAGGCGAAGGAGGGGGAGGGAGACUGGGAUUUCUACUGGUGCGACGUUGCGUGGAUGAGGGAGCAUUUCGACGGGACGUAUCUGGAGGAGCACCAGAGGAUCUGCCACUUCAGAAACCACUACGAGCUUACCAGGAAAAAUUUGAUGGCAAAGAAUUUGAAACGAUUGCGGAAGGUGCUGGAGAAGGAGUCAACAGUUGAGGCGGCCAAAUGCGAGUUUUUUCCCGCCACUUUCGAGCUCCCGUCCGAGUACCACAUCUUUGUCGAGGAGUUCAAGAAACACCCCGGCACCAUCUGGAUCAUGAAACCUGCCGGGAAAGCACAGGGGAAAGGAAUAUUCCUCUUUCGUAAGCUGAAGGACAUCACGGACUGGAAAAAAGAAGACUACUUUCGUCGAGAUGAGGAGAAGAGUGAUAAAGAGCCUCCGGAAACCUACGUGGUACAGAGAUAUAUUGACAACCCUUACCUCAUCAGUGGCAAAAAGUUUGACAUUCGAGUGUAUGUCUUGGUGACUUCCUACUCUCCACUGAAAGCCUGGCUGUAUCGCAGCGGAUUUGCUCGAUUCUCAAACACCCACUACUCCCUUAGCUCCAUCAGCGACCAGUACGUACACCUCACCAAUGUAGCUAUCCAGAAGACAGCACCUGAUUACGACCCUGAGAAAGGCUGCAAGUGGUCUCUGCAGGAGCUCAUGACGUUCCUGGCUGCACGACACAGCCACCAGGUAGUCCGACAGGCGAGGCAGCAAAUGGACCAAAUCUACAUCAAGAGCCUCCAGAGCGUCCAGAAAGUCAUGAUAAAUGACAAACACUGCUUCGAACUGUACGGUUUCGAUAUUCUCUUUGACGAGAACCUCAAACCGUGGCUCAUCGAAGUGAACGCCUCCCCCAGCCUAACGGCGAGUAGCCCCUCUGAUUACGAGCUCAAGUUUGGCCUCCUAGAAGACAUGCUCCACGUACUGGACAUGGAGGGGAGACUGAUCGGGAGGGAAAACGUUAAGAGAGUCGGUGGAUUUGACUUGAUGUGGUGUGAUGGACCAGUUGCCUCUGAUGAGCUAGCACUAAACUGUGGCCAGCCUCUCAUGUACACCACCAACAGCUUCCUAGGUUGCUAUAACGAUAGAGAGCAGCAACUGAAACAGCUUUUCAAUCUAUCACCCUUAGCUCAGUUGUGA